AUGAGGUGCCUCGUGGUGUUGUCUGCAGUGUUAUGCGUGGCUCAGCCUUGGUGGAUUGCUAACUUCUGGAUUCGAUACCCGUUCCUUCGACAGGCAUCAUUGGAGGCCAGAUCGGCAUUCAACAACAUAGAUAAGAAUGGAACAUUGACUAAAGCACAACGUGAGGAAGCUUUGGAUAAAUGGGCGGCGCAGUACAAUCUGGUGAAUAUCACGACUGCUCAGGAGAGAGAAGCUAUCGCAAAGCUGUGUGAAAGUCUGGAUCCGGCAACACGGCAGGCCGUUGACUACCUGCUACGACUUUAUGGAAGCCGCCCAGGUUUCAGUGGUUUCGGGUUUUCGAGAUCGGGACUGUCGAGAUUAUUUGAUGCUCCUUUCUUUCCAUUGUCGAACGGAGCAUCACGAUCGCUUUUGUGGUAG